GCGGUGGUGGUUGAAAAAGGACCGGUCUGCUGUCGUCGAAAACAAAAUCACCGGCGGCUGGCCUGAACGUCGAACAAGACGCGCAGUGCCAAAGCAUACCGUCCGUUGAUAAUAGUUUUGCACCCUCUAUUUUUGAAAUAAUAUAUUCAACCAAAACUCGCGUAGAUUACGUCCCCGUUACCGUUUUGAGUUCCUUUUCUAGUUUCUGAAUUUUGUUUCCCUUGGAAUCAUUUAAACCAAUCAAUUGUGUCCGAUUACGGAAGCGUAAGAAUUUGACCAAGAGAAAAAUCAAUCGCAACAACGCGCAAUGGCCGACCAACAACAGUACUUUUUGAAGUGGAAUGACUUCCAGACGAACAUGGUUACCUCGUUCCGACACCUCCGGAACGAAAAGAGCUUCACAGACGUAACACUAGCGUGCGAAGGACAAACGUGCAAAGCACACAAGAUGGUCCUGUCUGCCUGUAGUCCUUACUUUAAAUCUCUUCUAGAGGAAAACCCUUCCAAACACCCGAUAAUCAUCCUCAAAGACGUGUCCUACAGCCAUUUGCAGGCGAUUCUCGAGUUCAUGUACGCCGGCGAGGUGAACGUGUCGCAGGAGCAGCUCCCAACAUUUCUAAAAACCGCCGACCGACUGAAAGUGAAGGGCCUCGCGGAAACGCCGACGAAUAUCAAACGCGAGGGCUGAGAUAACCCCACAGCGGGUUACAUGCAGCCGCUUUUGCUUUAACGUUUUUUUUAUUUACGUUCACCUUUCUACUCUUCCUUUUUUAAAAUGAAACAGAAAUCUUCUAUAUAUAUACAGAUUAUAUAUAUACACACACACACACAGUACCGCCACAUUACCUAUUAGUAGUGAAAGGAAAGGAUAGUAAGCGAAUGAAAUGGACUCUGUGCAUAAGCAGUUUUAUGUGUGGGGUGCUAGUGUACGUCGAAGGAUUUGAAAAUGAGGAUGUUUAUGUGUUUUUUCUGUUCUUUUGUAAGAGCCAAAUCACAUCCCAAUGGUCCGUGGGAUGUAUUUUGCAUCAACCGCCUAGAGACUACUAUUUGCAGACGCCUACUGGGGUAGUGAGAUCGUAGUAAUCGACAGAGAGCAGAGCAACUAUUGCAAAAAGGUAAAACAGGAUAGCAAAAAGUAGGCGACGGAAAGUAGAAGAUCCCAAGGGAAGCGGAUCAACAAGCGGCGUGUGUGGCUAUAAUAUAAACGAAGUGUGUUCGAUCGACGGUACGAAAUAUGUUAGUAGUGACGUUUUGAGGACAUGCAAUUAUCGAGAGCAACACACAAUUUAAAGGAGGUAGAAGAAGAUGAAGUGAGGAACCAACAUAUUAUUAUUAUGAUAGUAUCUAAACAAUGCAAACUGCACCUAAGAAAAGCGGGGAAAACAAGUUUAAUUGAAUGCCGCGAAAUUGGUAGAUGUGAACCGAUAGAUGCAGGUGAACGAGAGGGCUGUGGCCGAUGUGUAUGAUAGGGAAUGGGGGAGUGACGCGCGGUUCUUACCUGCCCCGAGAAACGGUGACUGUAAGCAUGAUGCGCGAUUGUACGAAGAAGGAGGGUAUAGUUUUUGUUCGUGCGACUAAAGCUAAAAGACAGACUCAUACCGGACGUAGGUGAUAGAGGUCAGCAAAUUCUUAUACAAAUUGGCAGCACAGAAGAAUACGAUGUUGUGAAAGAAUAGUUUAACACUGAAUUUUUGUACAUGCCGCGCCGAGGCCAGUAAAACAUCAGCUCCCCGAAGUGUUUGUUUCGUACACUUAUGGAUCAGGCUUUUUCCAGCAGUUUGUUAGACGAUUCCAGAGAUAGUCAGAGAAUGGUAUGAUACGAUCUGUACCUUCUCUCCUUCCAAGCACCUCUACCGGUGAAGCCGAAGAACCGAAGAGCGCACGUUGACUUUAUGAUUAAAGAAGCACCAUAUUAUUACCAUUUAUUCCAAAUGAAGAAACAAGUGAACAACAACCCUUCCUUUAUCGUCUAAAACAAUGUUUCAGCAUCUUUGACUAGCUAUAGAAGCGCAAUGAUAUGAUAGUGUGCCUAUAUCGCGUUGGUUUGCGUGGUCGGGUGAACCAUUCGAAAGUCAAUCGAUCCGUGUAUAGCAGCAGCAUACAUAGAAAGGCGCUAGAAUUCAACGGAAGAAUUGAGUUUAUCGGUGGACUAUCGGUGAUUGCUUGACUUCCCGUAAACCCCGACCGAAUACGUAGUCUAUAUUGUGCGUUUGGUUUUUUUGUUGGUUUCAAUUCACGUAUAAAGUUGUAUUUCGUCUAUUUCAAGAUUUACUUUCACAAUCCCAAGCGACCGAAAUAUUUUAUCGAAAAAAAUUACCCCGCCAGUAAGGAGGCAUACGAAUAAAGAUAGUUAGAGAGAAACUGA